CACCUGAAACUGAAACUGAAACUAUUGAAGCGCAAUGUUUUUAUUCAUUGCCGUCCUGUUUGUGAAUUCCUGUCUAGCUGGCCCCUUACCAGCUACACCGGAAAACAUUACCGUUACGUUUCUAACGCCCACCGCGGUGCGUGUUUCGUGGCAAACGCAGAUCGAUCUGAGGGCGCAUCCCAUUGACAAAUAUAUUGUUACCUAUAAGCCCACAGAUGACAGUUACAGGGUUGUACAGGACGUUGCCGGUAGCAGCGAGGCCAUUGUCCUGGACCGUCUGUUACCCAGCACACAGUAUUCUCUAGCCGUCACCGCCAUCUGGAUGGGUAAGAAAUAUCGCAGUCAGGGCCAGAUCAAGUUUCGUACAAUGGAUCUGCCAAAGAACACAUCACAGCAGGAUUUUCCGCCGGGCAUCUAUGGCAAUGGGCGCAAUGGCUCCGCUGGCAAUGGCAGCUCGUUUGGUGACGAUGUCACCUCCACGGCGACCAAUACACUCACCCACAGCACCACCCGAGAACUGCCAACGAUACGCGGCGUAGAGAUUGGCAUUGUGCUCAUUGUGCUGAUGGUGUGGGCGGGGGCCAUAGCGCUAUUCUUCAAUCGGUGGGGCAAGAUUCGAAUGCUGCUGCCCUAUCAGCCGGAUUAUAAGCACGAGCAGCUUAAGGUGCCGGGAACAGGAGUGUGCACAGCCAGUGGCUGUAAUGGCCAACAUUCGCAUCAGAACCUACACCCCGAUUUCUUUGUCAAGUUCGACAGCAGUGAUUGUGGCAGCACCUUUGCUCACCCACCGUUGCACUGCAAUAGCCGCCACAUCCACAUGCUCGCCGAGGAGCAUUCCACAUCGAUAUCGGAGCGUUGCACGCGCAGUCGCAUCAACUCGGCCAUAUUCGUAUCAUCCGAGGGUCGCGGAUUCGAUUCCAUUGAGUUCCUGCGCCGUCACGGCUCACAGAGUGUCCUUUGCCGCAAGGCCAAGAGUGCCGAGAAUAUUACCGAGAAUGGACGCAGGAAGAGCCUGCGGCCUUGGCGCACCGAUGAUGACUCCGUCCAAGAACAGCAUCAGCAGCAAAACUCCUCCCAGGACAUUGAGCUAAAGGAGUGUGGCAUGAACGCUGGUGAGCUACGCACGCUGCCCGUGCUCCACGACGCCAAGCAUUCGCCAACAGCUGUGACCAGUUUGCUGGCGCGCUCCUCUGCUAUUACCACGGCCAAUGUCAUUGUGGGCAGCAUUUCAUUAGAAGCACCACCACCAUAUAUCCAGGACGAUGAUGCGCACUCCACAUCGGCGCUGAUCCACAGCGAUGUUUCGGCCAUAGUACACGACUCACAGGACUCGGCGGAGACGGUCGAGGAAAUGGUGAAUGUGCCAUUAUUGGGCAGUGCGACGGCCACAGCCUCCGUUUCGCUCACCUCCACGCCCAGCAUGGCCAUUGAGGCUAAGCCACGCGUGCUGGUGCAUCAACGCUCAUCGACGGCUUCAUCGUCGCCGCACAGCAGUCCCAAGAAUCUGGGCCUCGGUCUCAAGAUCAUCAAGCCGAAGAUCAGUGCCGUGCCAAUGGUGUCAGUGUCAGGUCCAUCGCCGCCGAUUGAAAAGCCACCAUUUGCUGAAUGCUUGUAACAAAUGGCAGCCGAAACAUUUAUCUAAGCGCGCUCACUCAAGGCAAACUGGACACCCAGACCCAAUCACAGAUCCAGCACCAGACCCACACACACACGCACACACCCACAAACAGCCAUAAUCAUCACAAACACUCUCAACGCAACCAUCCCUGACUCAUACGGAAAGGUGGUUAGAAGUAUGCCAGCUGCUCAAAUAAGUGUUUCGGUAGAGCUGGAGAGGAUGAGGACUCGACUCUCCAGGCAGUAGAACUAGAGCUAGAAGUAGAAAUAGGCAUAAGAAUAGGAAUAGGCUUAGUUAUUGAACCAAAAACAAAACAACAAAAAAGAUGAAGACGAAGAAGAAGAAGGUCAUCAGCAUGCAAAGAAAGCUUUGUAUAUUCAACAACGACUGAAGUAUACACAUAUAAGAACACAAAACCUAUAUAGAUCAUGUUUAUAAGGCGUUCUAAGUAGAUAUACAUAUAUAUUUACAACUGAUAAAUCAGCUUUAACGACAACAAGUAAACUAUCAGGCUUUAAUAUUAUGAUGAAUUUCUGGUUUAACCCUAGUCAUAGGCAGACUAAUAUCCUGUUGAAGAAGUUAUAUUGUUCCCCUAUACCAAUCUAUAUCUAUAUAGACAAUAUAUUAAUAGUUAUACUUAUAGCCAAACCUUGGGCACUCCAACACAUACACACACAUCUUUAUAUGGUAUAUACACCUCUAUAACUAUAUACAUAUUUUCACUAGUAGUCUAUUCACUGCACUCAUUGCAGGUAGUCCAGAAGGAAAACAACUUCAAAAUACUGUAGUUGCUUGUAGGCACCGAACAUUGAACAUCUAGUCAAAUUUGUUACUUAUACUAACUAUACAUAUACAUACUAUUAGCUAACAUAUCAAUUACCCACGACCAAAAACGAAACGAUUAAAACUGUAAACUAGUCUAUAAAUUAAAGUCCUACAAUGAUAUUGAUUGUAAUUAUUGUCAAGUAAGAAAGUGCCCAGGAUGAGUUCUAAGUGUUUUUAAAACUACUUGU